UCCGCCCGGCCCACGACCGUGGCGGGACAGGUUCGGUAAUUCGAGUUCGAAUUAACAACAAAAGACCUACCUACCAUCCCUUCUCGUUCUUACUGUUUCCGCUGGAAUACCUGCGCGACUGUUCACAGUCGCUAGACCACAUUUGUAAAAGCCGACACAACCAUACAUCGACUGCGCCCGUACUUUUAUCGCCACCACGAACCAUGUCCCAAGUAGAGAUUCUUCGCCCGAUAAACACCGUAGAUUACGACUUUUCACGUUCUGGUCCCUACGCCAACACCGCGAGAUGGGUGACGACCAACUCUCUCGUCAACGACAUCUUAUCUUCCAGUCCGCUCCAUCUAACCACCACAGAACUUGAUGAUCGCCCGUUCCCAGACCUUCCGCCACUCCAUCACGGGCACCCUGAACUCCACCUACGUAACGGGGUCAUCAACGCCACUCGGCUCGCCGCUCAAAGCGUCCCAGAUGCCGAAAAGGCCUUUUUCGUCGGUGACCUAAGCCAGGUGUACAGGCAACACCAACGAUGGCAGGCUUGUCUUCCCCAUGUUCAGCCCUUCUACGCGAUCAAGUGCAACCCAGAUCCGUAUGUUUUGCGUCUCCUGGCUGCUUUGGGCACAGGAUUUGAUUGCGCCUCUAAUGGGGAAAUCAAUCAAGUCCUCGCUAUCGGAGGGAUUGAUCCGUCCCGCAUCGUCUUUGCGAAUCCCUGCAAGGCCGCCUCGUUCGUGCGCAACGCGGGGAAAGUCGGCGUCGAUAUGAUGACGUUCGACAACGCGGACGAGCUCCACAAAGUGGCGCGCGCGCACCCCCGCGCCAAGCUCAUCAUCCGUAUCCUCGCGGAUGAUUCGAAAAGUAUCUGUGCGUUUGGUGUCAAGUUUGGAGCACCGCUCGCUAGCGUGCCGGGGCUCUUGGCGAGGGCUAAGGAGCUCAACCUCAAUGUCGUCGGGGUGAGCUUCCAUGUCGGGAGUGGGUGCUAUGAUCCUUCUGUGUACACUGACGCUAUCAUGCGGUCCCGCGCGGUCUUUGAUAUGGGCAAAGACGCUGGGUACACUUUCAGUCUCCUCGACGUGGGUGGGGGUUUUGAGGAUGCGCUUUUUGAGCAAGCGGCGCGGUAUCUGACCGAAGCGAUUGACGAGUACUUUCCUGAUCGUAGGGACCUUAAAAUCAUUGCGGAACCUGGAAGGUUCUAUGUGUCGAGGGCUUUCACUCUUGCGACGAACGUCAUUGCUCGGCGUGCACCUCUUAUGGAUGGUGCUGCCGUGAAAGGCGACGACGAUUCGUCCCAAGAACCCUCUGUAAUGUAUUACAUCAAUGAUGGUGUAUACGGGGCCUUUAACUGUAUCAUGUUCGACCAUCAGACGGUGAGCCCAGAUGUGUUAUCGAUGGGCGGGUCGUUCCAUGUUCCGCCUGGGGAGCCGCAGUCGGUGAGCAGCGUGUGGGGGCCGACGUGCGAUUCUAUCGAUCGGAUCUGCACGUCGACGAUGCUGCCUGAUGCUCUCCAGGUUGGGGACUGGCUCGCGUUUGAGAAUAUGGGCGCGUAUACUAUCUGCGCGGCGAGCCAGUUUAAUGGGUUCGAGACGAGUAAGGUCGUGUAUACGGCUGGGGGUCUGGGUGGGUUCGAAGUGCGACGGGUCCUUGCGGCGUUCGCUAUGGGCUUGGAGUGAAUGGAGGGACCAUCAGACAGAUAGACAGACAGACAGACGGACGGACGGACGGACGGACGAUCGAUGACAUU